AUGCUACGAGGGGGUGAGGAGACGUCCAGCCAAGAGAGGAAGACAAGCUACAGGAGCGGCACUGAAACAUGGCUGCACCUGGGAGUCCUCUCAUCUGAGCUGCAGGCGGAGGCCCGCUGCCAUUUGCAGAUCAAAUAUUCAUGGGUGAAAACAGUCCCCAUCAAGAUCCGCUCUGAGGGUCACUACUUCAAGACAGCCUCGUGUGACUCCGAGGCUCCCCUGUCCGGGUCCCACAGGAUUGGCAUCACCUGCAAGGCGCGGAUCAGGCGCGAGAACAUCGUGGUGUACGAUGUGUGCGCCACCAUCGACCAGUGCCCCACGCGCAUCGAGGAGACCUCGCCCAUCGUCCUGCGCUACAAGACCCCCUACUUCAAAGCCUCGGCCCGCGUGGUCAUGCCCCCCAUCCCCCGCCACGAGACCUGGGUGGUGGGCUGGAUCCAGGCGUGCAACCAGAUGGAGUUCUUCAACACCUACAGCGACCUGGGCAUGUCGAGCUGGGAGCUGCCUGACUUGAGGGAAGGGAGAGUAAAAGCCAUCAGUGACUCAGAUGGGGUGAGCUACCCGUGGUACGGGAACACCACAGAAACUGUGACCCUGGUCGGCCCCACCAACAAGAUGUCCAGGUUCUCCGUCAGCAUGAACGACAACUUCUACCCCAGUGUGACAUGGGCAGUGCCCGUGAGCGACAGCAACGUGCCGCUGCUCACCAGGAUCAAGAGGGACCAGAGCUUCACCACCUGGCUGGUGGCCAUGAACACAACCACCAAGGAGAAGAUCAUCCUGCAGACCAUUAAGUGGAGGAUGAGGGUGGACAUUGAGGUGGACCCCCUUCAGCUCUUGGGGCAGCGGGCCCGGCUGGUGGGCAGGACUCAGCAGGAGCAGCCCCGGAUCCUGAGCCGGAUGGAACCCAUCCCCCCCAAUGCACUAGUGAAACCCAACGCCAACGAUGCCCAGGUCCUCAUGUGGCGGCCCAAGCGGGGGCCACCUCUGGUUGUAAUCCCUCCUAAGUAGAAGCCGACUGGCCUGGAAGUAUGUGGAGCACCCGUGGUGGAGAUGCGCAGUGGGGCUGCCAGGAAUGGCAGGAGCCAAACUGAAUUUCUGAGCCAAAGCAGACCUCCCGGUUUGCCCGCCUUUGCAGCCACCUGUGAAGAGCAGAGCUGCUCCUUGGGUGGUAGAACCAUAACCCUUGGGGAAAAUCUCUUCCUCUUAGGAAUAAAGAAAUCCCUGCUUCAA